UACUAUUGAGUUCUCAACUAAAAGGCAUGACGCUGAUGAGGUUUUCUUUACAUUUACCUUAAAUGGAGUCACUUUCAACCCAAAUUCGCCGUUUACUUAUCUUAAAGACCCAGACAUUGUGGGAAUAAAACCAGCCAAGGCUUUUCUUAGUGGCGGAACGAUGAUGACUGUGACAGGCAAAGAUUUUACCAAUGCAAAUGCUGGGAAAAUUACUAUAGUUGUUGAUGGAGCAAUCUCAGCGGCGGAGUUUUGUGAAAUUUCAAAACAAGAUCAGAUGAUUUGUAAAAUACCUAGGGCACCAACAACAGUAAAAGAACAAUUAGAUGACGAGCCUUCAAGGAAGAAACGUGUCGCAGACUGUGACGGAUGUGUUUCUGUUGAUAUCAUUAUAAGUUUGGAUGGUGUGGAGAAAAGCUUUACUUUAUCGUAUUACCAUGACCCGUCCUUCAACAAGUUUGGUGAUGGGGUAGUUCUCUUUUCGACAAAAAAACAAUAUUUGAGAAUUGAGGGUGACAAACUGGAUCUAGUUGCAACACCGUCUGAUGUUAAGAUCACAAUAGGGGUCGAGGAAUGUAGUGUGAUAGAGGUUAAAAACAGUUACAUGACAUGCAAAGCUCCGAGGACCCAGCCUGAAUCGGAAAGCCCGGGACAAAGUCUUCCGGAAGUGAAGGUUUCAGUUGGAAACAUCCACACAACUUUAGGAUACAUUCAGUACAAACAAGAGCUGAACAACAUCCUUAUUAUAGCUGGAGCAUCAACUGGAUCAGCGGUGUUAUUUCUUGUGAUGGUGAUAACAUUUUUUGUCUGCAAAUACCGAAAGGUUGGGUCGAAGGCAAAAGCCUUGGGAAAACAAAUCAACGACUUUGAAAUGGAAAUCAAGCUUGUCGUAAAAGAAGAGUUCCUUGACAUGCAGACGUCAAUGUCGACAGUUAAUCGUAACCUCAUAGAGCAGGGUUUCCCCUACCACUCGUACCAACAGUACGCGUGUAACACCAUGUUUGCUACCGACUAUCUUAUGUCAGAUCCUGUAGUAAGAAGUUACAAUACGUCAGAUGAGUUGCGGACUCAAGCGAGGAUAGGAAUGGAACGUUUCCAAGGUCUACUUGAGAACAAGUUCUUCCUCGUUUCCCUUAUAACGACCAUGGAGAAACAGAAAUACUUUUUCGUCAAGGAAAAAUCAAAUUUUGCUGGCAAUCUAUGCGUCAUCAUGAUGGGACGUAUGGAGUACAUGCAUGAAGUGUUAAAAGUUCUGAUCACCCAAAUGGUUGAGAACCCUUUACCAAAGAGAGGCAUGAAAUCAUUGUUCAGAAGGAGUGAGACUAUCACGGAGAAGCUUCUGAGCAACUGGCUGUCCCUCUGUAUGUACCCUCACCUAAAGGAACACACCGGUUCACUGCUAUAUCUGUUGUACAUCGCCACAAGGAAAACGAUGGAGUCUGGCCCUAUCGAUUCUUUUACCAAUGAUGCAAAGUACACUCUAUCGGAGGAAAAACUGCUCCGGAAAUACCAAGGUUCGGCCACAGACGAGGAAACGACGGACGUGAAAUUUGAGGCUAAAGUGCUGACAUUGAACGUGGUGGUCGAUAACGGAGAGGAAAUCUACCAAUGUAAAGCUCUCGACUGCGACACCGUUAACCAGGUCAAGGCCAAAUGUCUUGACCAGAUAUACGUCAACUACCCGGCCUCCCAACUUGCCGUAGAUCCCACUGAACUUCUUCUCGAGUGGCAUGCCGGAUUCAGCGGACGUAUGAUAUUGAGUGAUAAAGACAACACGUCCAAGCGUGAUGGGAGUUGGAUUCGUGUGAACACACUAGGGCACUACGCAGUGGCAGACCAAAGCAACAUGGCCCUCGUUGAUCCACGCAAUGCUGAGCUCAGUCAGCAGGAGGAUUAUGUGAACUUGGCCCAGAUUGUCCCUGCCUUCGAUGUCCACAGUAUGGAGUCUGAUCAACCGCUGACGGCCGAGUUUUCCUCUGCGCAUGACGAAGAAAACCCGAUGGAUCUUAAACAGUGGCACUUGUUGAAGGAUGAUGAUGAAAACAAGAAGGAAAGAUCUGCCAUUGAUGAGCUGUACUUAAACAGACUUAUCACAACCAAGUUAUCGCUUGUGAAGUACAUGGAUGACUUGUUCGGCCUGAUAUUGGACAGCAGCAAGUGUUCUCCGCCCGUCAAGUUCCUCUAUGAUUUCUUUGAUCGUCUUGCAGAAAAACAAAAAAUAGAUUCCGACACACUCCAUGCCUGGAAAAGCCAUAGCUACUCCAUUCGCAUCUGGGCCAUGCUAAUCAAGACACCGUCAAUUCUGUUCGACAUCAAUGUCCCGUCCUAUGUUUCGGAGAGUCUGGAUGUUAUCAGUCAAGUCUUCAUUGAGAGCUUCAGUCGCACGGAGCAAACCGUGUCAAUGGAAUCGCCAACUCAGAAGCUUAUUUUCCGAAAUGAGCUGUCAAAGUUUAGAUCAAAUGUUCAGGAGUUUUACAGAAAUGUCCAAGUGAAUGUGCAGAAACCCGAUGAGCUUGGACAAUACCUGACACAUAUUAACAGAAGCCAACAGGAAACGACUUUCAACAAGAACGCAGCACUUUACAGAUUAUACGAUCAGAUCAAGCCAUAUACAGACGAGAUUCUAGACGACAUGUCAAUCUGCCAGGAGACCAGUCGUCUGCAGUUAAACAAGAAGUUGAAUGACAUAUUCUCUAUGAUGGAAGAAUAGAAAGGGAGUUAGAGCAUAGGAAAAGGGCAGUUUUUAACAAAACAUAGAUACUUUACAUUAGUGAUGACACUUUAAAGGUGUUUGCACAAACAUUGUGUUUAUUCAGUGAAAAUGUCAGCAUUUCUUUAAUGAUAAUAGUGACAUGCAUAUAUUGAAUUAUUCAAACAGAGAUAUCUUAAAGGCUAUAAAAGUUUCAUCAUCAUAACAUGAAAGAUAUACAGAUACAUGUGUAUAGUUGGUGUAAUGCUAUGUCGUUUAUACUAUUGAUAAAUCACAUUAUAGUAAGGUAUUAUACAAAGAUCCAUGUUAAAUGUAAAUACUUCUGUGUUAAUACAUGUUUAUAUAUUUAGUAUACAGAGUUUUCUUUUAAUAUAUGUAAUCAGAUUAUUGAUAAUAUGGAUUGAUAUAUAUAUUUACAUUUUGGAAGUAUAUACAUAAACAGUUUUUGUUUGAUAUCACGCAUAUUUAAUUAUAAAUUGUGUUAUUCACAUUUGUGUGUUUUCAAUAGGGCUAGUAGUAAAAGAAUCUUUGGUCAUCUAGCUUUAUGUAUAGGCAACGCUCAAUGUAUUCUCGAUUUUCUCUGUUUUAUACUAUCAUUUGUAUUAGAUAUUGAUGUGUUAAUUGUGAUAUCUAUAAUAAUAUUUUAGAUUAAAUUGCUCAUGUUCUAUAUUAAAAAGUGCAUUUUUUAACAUCCCCGAUUUAAUAUUAGUGCAUAUUUAAUAUAUGCAUGCAUGCUCUUGAUAUAUUUCUUAAAUCAAUUUAAUAGUAUUCAUUGUUCCUUCGAUCAUUGACUCGUGAGUAAGACUGAAUGAUAUAUGAUGACCUAUGCAGUGUUUGUUAAAAAAAUGUUUAAUUAUUAGUAAUUAAUAUUAUUAUCCAGUAAAUGAAUCGCGUUAACUGUAUCAGCUAUCUGAGUGUUUCACAAAGUAGUUUUAUGAAUAAUUCACAUUCACAAUAAUACAUCAUGUUUGUGUUUUUCUCACAAAUGAACAGUUGAGUACUGUGAAUGUAAAAUUAGUAAUUUAAACAGCAGUUUUAAUCAAAGCUAAAUUGACAAUAUAUUAACUGGGUUCAUGUUAGUUGAAAAAGGUAUUCUAGAUUUGUGAAAUGACUGGCUAGAAUUGGUUAUUUACAUUUGAAACUGUCUAACAGAUUGCUAAAAGGAAAUUUGUGGAAUUGUUUGGAUGUAAUAUGUUUUAUAUCUGUAUAAGUUAACUUACUUUUGAGUCUGUUUUCACUUCUGUGACAGCAAAGUACAUGAUCCUAAAGAUGUAUUAAGCUCGACAAUUUUCAACAGCAACAAAAUAACAAACUAUGGUGUUUCUUUAAGUUGUUUGCUUGACUUAGUGUAACUGAUUUUUUUCUUUAACCUCAACAUAAAUUUCGCCAAUAAUUGUUAACAUCUGAACAGUGUGCAUCAUUUUCAGACUUAGUUUUGUUCGUAUACUACACAUUAAAAAAAAACAGCAGCUAAUAGUUGUAGCCCGAAAUUAAAGCUAUUCUGGAUUUUCCGACCUAAUCCUUCGGUACAAACAGAAUUAAACCAUUGUAAUAUACACAUAUUACUUAGGAAACAAUAGAGUCAUUAGACUGUUACACGAAUUUCAAUAGCUCGAAAUUCACCUUUUAUUUGUACCGGCAUGGGAAAACCCUGUAAUGUGAAUUUCGGGCUAUACGUAUUGAAUAAAACAAGAUAAAUCAAGAUAAAUAAUUAACAGGUGUAAUGCAUGAAAAGUUAUUGACCGCUACCUAUUGCAUGUCUUAAAAUAUUUAAAACGUGUAAAUCAAAUACGGUAAACAUGAUCUAAAUUUCUUUGUUUGUAUUAUAAACAAUUUCUGCAGUAUUUGUUUACAUGACAAUUUUUGUAAACCUAACACAAGACGACUAUAAUCUAUUGUUUAGAAAUCGGAUCAAAGAAAUAUAUUAAGAUUAGUCUGACUAUCUUAUCAAUGAAAGCACCGAACAUUAUCAAGCUUACUACAACAUAUCGUAGCAUCAAGAAAUUCAAUGGAAUAUUAUGUUUGUGUCACAUUUUGUAUCGUAUAGCAUUCAGUUUCGAAAUAGGUAAUAGAACAACUCAUAAAUAUCCAUCCAAAAGCGACCACAUGCUAUAUACGCUAUUAAGAUGGCGCAUUAUGUUUAAUGCUGAUUGCAUUGCACUCAUGGCUGUUUUUCUAGUUCAUCAGUGGGUCUUCGUUUUUCAGUUUCUUUUCUGCUCAUGGAUUUUAUUUUUUUUAUUUCAAUAUAUUGUAUAUUUAAUUUCUGGAAUUUGUCCCCCAACAUCUAAUAUUUAUCCUCACUGAAUAUUUGUCAAUGCUAUGUCGUGCCUUUCUAAUGGAUGCCUUCUUGUUAAUCAUUAUAAUUAAAAUGUAAACGUACACAGCUAUUAAAAAAUGUUGUUUCGUUGAAUGUAAAAUAUAAUCACAUACCUCUGUACUUACAAAUCUACAUUUGCAAUAAAAUUCUAA